CAUUCUCAUCACACACUACUAAGAAUCCACCACCCAUUUCUCUUCCUUGAUUGGUCUUUAUAAGAAGCUUCAUCUUGUUCCUCCUUUAGACACCAGAAGCUUCACGAAAACCACGCACUAAGAAAAUAUUUAUCCAUCUUAUAUCUAAGGAGCACAAAAAUAUCUCUCUCGUCAAGAAAAUUAUAUGUUUGGUAUAAGCCCACCAAUCCAUUUUGCCCAACCAUCAUGUCUCCACCAUCAAAAUUUGAAGAGAGCCCUAUUCGCAAAACCUCUCAACCUCCACCAAUAUCUUCACUUACCACCCGAAUAUGGCCGGCAAAUCUUAUGCAAAUGAUUCUUCAGGAAAUAAAAACACAAGGAGGUAUAACUCUGCCCUUGUUGGCAAUGAAUUUGACAUGGUUUUCCAAAACAGCCAUCACUUUUGCUGGCAGGCUUGGAGAGCUCCAGUUGGUUAGCGGCACUCUCGGGUUCACUUUUGCUAACGUCACUGGCUUUUCUGACUUGAAUGGGCUAUCCGCUGCCAUGGAACCUCUCUGUGGUCAAGCUCAUGGGGCUAAGAAUUUCAUGCUGCUACACAAGACCCUCCUCAUGGUAAUAUUCUUGUUGCUAUUAGCAACCCUGCCUAUAUCUUUCUUGUGGCUUAACGUGGAAAAAAUUCUAAUCGAUUGUGGCCAACAAGAAGUCGUUUCGCGUGUUGCAAAGAACUACCUUUUCUAUCUCUUCCCUGACUUAAUAAUCACCUGUUUGUUAUGUCCUCUUAAAGUCUAUUUGAGCUCACAAAGUGUAACAGUUCCUAUAAUGUUUAGCUCAGCUUUGGGCCUAGCUUUUCGCAUCCCGAUCAACAUCUUAGCAAAAGCCAAGGGUCUUGAAGGGGUGUCUAUGGCAAUAUGGAUAAACGAUCUUAUGGUCGUGAUUUUACUUGUUUCAUACGUGUUGAUGAUGGAAAACAGGAAGGGAGGGAAUUGGAAGGAGGGAGGGUGGUUAGACCAGGGCGUUCAUGACUGGCUCCGGUUGCUAAAACUUUGUGCACCAUGUUGCCUUACCACCUGCCUUGAAUGGUGGUGCUGGGAGAUCUUGAUCUUGCUUACCGGACGACUACCAAAUGCCAAGCAAGCAGUUGGGGUGAUAGCAAUUGUGCUAAACUUUGACUACUUGCUUUUCUCUGUGAUGCUAUCACUAGCAACUUGUGCUUCCACUCGUGUGUCGAAUGAGCUUGGUGCAAAUCAAGCAGGUCGUGCUCACCAGUCAGCAUAUGUGUCUCUGGGAGCAAGCACCAUUUCAGGUUGCAUAGGUGCCUUGGUGAUGAUAGGAGUCAGAGGUGUUUGGGGGUCUGUGUUUAGCCAUGAUCAAGGAAUCAUAAAAGGUGUAAAGAAGAUGAUGUUGCUAAUGGCUUUGAUUGAAGUAGUAAAUUUUCCUUUAGCAGUUUGUGGAGGCGUCGUCCGGGGAACAGCUCGGCCAUGGUUGGGCAUGUAUGCCAAUCUUGGUGGGUUCUGCUUGCUAGCCUUACCAAUGGCAGUACUCUUAGCCUUCAAAGCAGCACUAGGGCUCGGUGGGUUGUUGGUAGGUUUCUUGAUUGGAUUGGUCGCGUGCUUGAUGUUGGUGGUAGUAUCUGUUGUGAGGACUGAUUGGGAAGUAGAAGCUGAAAAGGCACAAAAACUGGCGUCCUGUGACGUGCAAGAAGUGGACGUUGAAGAACGCGUGAAUCACCGAACCACGGAAACAGCUGAUGGUGCUGAAGUACGAGAAUGACUAGAAAACGUUGUCUCGUUUCGAGCAUCCCCCUAAAUGCUGGACUUCCUGGUAUAAUCGAAAAGGCAUGACACAACUCUCUAAGGAAAAAUUACAGCGAAACCAAACUCAAUUGAGACAACUCCCGAAUGGGACUUUCAAAAUUCAGGAUUCCUAUCCAUUUUCAUGCCUUUUGGUAACUCAAAGGCAUCAUUUCAUCAAUUCACUGUUCAUGAAUCACUCCAAAUUUCAAUU